AUGGCAACCAUGUUCGCAGCCGCGCAGGCUUCUACAACGCCCAACUCCACAUCCACCUGGAACUUGCAGUAUCAGAGCGAUCCAGCACAAGUUCGUCGCGAAGGACUCAAUUGGACUAUAGCCCGCUCCUACCUUGGGGCUAUGCUGGGUGUCGCUACCCUGCUUCUUGCCUAUACACUGUCCUUGCGGCUCAAUGCACACAUUCGACAUUUGGCCUCCAUGUCUGGCGCAGGCGCUCUUCGAUACUUUUCUAGCUCUUCGCCAGCUAUCCGUCUAGCCAAGAGCAAGAUACUAUAUGCGCCAAUCCUCUUCUAUCGGCGGGCCCGAGAGAUCAGAUUUUCUCGGCAUAUCACCUUUGGCAGUGUCCCAACAAGAUUACAAACUCUAUUUAUCCUUUCAGCUGUCAUUACGAACUUGUUCCUCUGCACCUGGAACAUCCCGUGGUCGCAGCCCGAGCAGCAACUUUUGCCUAUCCUCAGAAACCGAACUGGGACCAUGUCGGUCACCAACCUGAUCCCAAUAAUGGUCAUGGCCACAGUGAAGAAUCCCUUGAUCUGGAUGCUGGACAUUUCGUACGACACUUUCAAUCUGAUGCACCGCUGGUUCGGUCGUCUGGCUAUCUGCGAAGCCAUUACCCAUGUCUUGUGCUGGCUCAUUGCAAAAGUGCAGUCAAGUGGUUGGGCUGCAGUGAAGACAUCAUUAGACACUCGUUUCAUCUACAGUGGCCUGGCUGCCGCCAUCGCCCUCGUACUCAUCUUACUGUCUAGUCCAAAGAUGAUCAGGAACCUGGCUUACGAAUUCUUCCUUCACCUACACAUCGUCCUUGUGCUGCUGGUACUAGUAUUCCUCUGGAGGCACCUUGAUGGGGUGCCUCAAAGGGGGUUGUUGCUGGGGGCUGCUAUAAUUUGGGCCACCGCAAGGUCUCUUAGACUUGCGACGUUGACUUACAGAAGUGUUGGAACAGGUGGCACCAAGGCCAGGAUUGAACCGCUCAAUGGUGGUGUGGUAAGGGUCACGCUCACAAGUCCAAGACCUUGGACGUAUAGACCGGGCCAGUCGCUUUACUUGACAAUUCCUUCAAUCGGGUUAUGGACUGCGCACCCCUUUUCUGUUGCAUGGUCCGGGAUUGAAGACCCUUUGAACAGAUCAGCUUCGCUCAGAUCACAUUAUAGCGAAAAGAGACCUGCGAUUCACAUAUAUUCCAAGGACAUUGAGAAGCAUGGAGAAAAAACAAUGUCCCUGAUUAUCAAAAAGCAGACCGGCAUGACCAACAAACUCUGGCACCGGGCAAUGACAGCAGGGAGAGGCCUGGAGCUCAAUGCGUUGAUUGAAGGGCCUUACGGAACUGAGCGCAGCAUGUCAAGCUACGGGACGGUUCUCUUAUUUGCAAGCGGCGUAGGCAUUACCCAUCAACUCGGAUAUGUCAGAGAGCUUGUUGAAGGAUACGGCCAUGGUACCGUCGCAGCGAAACGAAUCACCCUUGUGUGGGUUAUGCCGACAACUGAAUGUCUGGACUGGAUCAGACCAUGGAUGCACGAGAUCCUAUCCAUGGAAGGACGGAGAGAGGUGCUCAAAGUUCUCUUGUAUGUCACCAGAGUCGGCCUCGGUCAGGUGAUCCAAAGUCCGAGCGAGCAUGUCCAGAUGGCGCGAGGGAGGCCAAACGUGGAAGCCCUCAUUGCCAGCGAGGCGAAGCAGAAAAUCGGCUGUAUGGGAGUAAGUGUCUGUGCCGGAGGAGGGCUGGCGGACGAAGUCAGGCGUGCGUCGCGGGUGGUGGUUGAGAAUGGCGUCAAUCUGGAUUUCAUCGAGGAAGGAUUUGGCUGGUGA